GGAUAAAAGUCAUCAGUCUUCCUCAGGCUCUCCUUCUGUAAACAUCUCUCCUUAUAAUCCUAUGGAGUAUAAACUAAGACUAUGGUCUCCUGAUCAACUAUUUAUUUCUCAUUUUCAUUUUUCGGACAGAUGAUUCACAAUAUUCUUCUUUUGUAAAUAUAUAAUGAGCAAAACAUCUAAUGGAUCAGAGUUUGUGUCGUGUCUCCCGAGUGUUGGAAACGAUAGCUGUUCCACUAUUAGUGAAGGGGGUUGGAGCCCUGCUGGAACCUUCUCCUGGAUAUCUGAGUCCUCUAGGAGUUGGAACCGAAGAGGAAGUGAAUCCUCAGCCCUGAGACAGAACUCAAGUUCGGUUCAAUUCUCCGGGUCUGUCCCAACCAUAUCAUUCCUCUCUCGGUCCUUAGGUUUAGGUUCGGCCAGUAGAGGACAGAUGCAAGCUGGUUUCAGAUCUGAUGAUACUAGCUCUUGGUGCCCUGGGAGUAGAAGAAACAGUGACUUCCAACCCCAAGGAGGCAGUUUGUAUAGUUUUGGAUCUGAAAGUACAAGUACCAGUACAAACAACUUAAAUGGUUCCAGCAAGGUUGAAAAUAGGCAAGAGAUGGAGUGCAGACAGGUUUUUUUCGACUGUGCAUUAUAACCUCAAUAUUUUUCCUAAAUAAAUGUGUUAAAUUUUUA